AUGUCCGCUCGCGCACGUUCGGCCGCCAUGCCACCCAAAACCAGCUCCACGCAGGCCGGAGUCAAACGCUCGAAGCCGUCACACAUCACGGCCGCUCAAACGCCCACACCAGCCGCGACGGCGCAAUCAACCGGUCCACCACUGCCUGAGCCUGUGUUCUUCUCCAAGCCUGACGAUCCAGAGGCCGGGUUCCUUUCUCAAUGGUACCCCAGUCCUUUCUCGAACCCGUCAGACCCCUCCGUUGUCUUCCCGUCAGCCGAGCAUUACAUGAUGUACCACAAGGCCCUCCUCUUUAACACGUCCGCUGCCGCCGGUAUCCUGGAGGCGACGAACGCGAGCGAGGUCCGCGCCCUGGGCCGCCGGGUAGCUGGCUUCGACGAGUCGGUCUGGAAUGAGAACAAGAUGCGCAUCGUCACGGAGGGGAACCGGCUCAAGUUCUCGCAAGGCUCCGAGUCAGUCGAGUCAGAACAGCUUCGCGAGCGGCUAUUCGCAACGGCUGGCAGGGAUCUCGUCGAGGCGAGUCCGACGGACCGCAUCUGGGGCAUUGGCCUCAGUGCAGAAAAGGCCGCGUCGUCCGACCGCAAGAAUUGGGGGAAGAACCUCCUAGGGACUGCGCUGAUGGCUGUCAGGAAGGAGCUGCUUGCCGAAGAGGACAGGUUAAGAGAGGAGGCGGAGCGUACAUAA